UGCGUAACUAUUGAGAAAAGGAAAGGAAGUACCUCGUGCGACUUUUUGAAGAGAUUUUGUUUACGAAAAAAGAAGAAACUGGUUUGCUGCUGUGGACUUUGUUUUGGGUUACCAUGGGGAAGCAAAAGAAGGCCAGAAAGUAUGCAACUAUGAAGAGGAUGAUCAGUCUGCGAGACCAGAGAAUCAAAGAAAAAGACAGAAUGAAGCCUAAAGAAAAGAAGAAAAAGGAUCCGAGUGCCAUUAAAGAGCAGGAAGUGACCAAAUAUCCUUCUUGUUUAUUCUUCCAGUACAACACACAGCUUGGCCCUCCGUAUUACAUUUUGGUCGACACCAACUUCAUCAACUUCUCCAUCAAAGCCAAGCUGGACAUUGUGCAGUCCAUGAUGGAUUGUCUGUAUGCCAAAUGUGUUCCCUGUAUCACAGAUUGUGUAAUGGCAGAGAUUGAGAAGUUGGGACAGAAGUACAGAUUAGCACUGAGGAUAGCUAAGGACCCAAGAUUUGAACGAUUACCAUGUGUACACAAAGGAACAUACGCUGAUGACUGCUUAGUUCAGAGAGUAACGCAGCACAAGUGCUACAUCGUUGCCACAGUAGACAGAGACCUUAAGCGAAGAGUAAGGAAAAUUCCUGGUGUUCCUAUAAUGUACAUCUCCAACCAAAGAUACAAUAUUGAAAGAAUGCCUGAUGAUUUUGGAGCACCCAGACUAUAAGAGAUUGCUGAAGCAAUAUGUAGACUGGUUGUGACUUCAGCUUCUCCAUUACUCAUGAUUUGAAGACGACAUUGCAUUGAAAGAUUGUUAAGUGAACCAGAUUUUACACAGCAGUGUUACAUCAGACGAGUACUAUGUCCUGUGCUUUCAUAUAACUACCUUUUCCAUUUAUGCUAGUCACUAUGGCGCAUUCUGCCCCUUUCAUUAAGGUGGAAGCAAGAACUUUGCUGAGUAUGUAGAUCAAGUUAUUACUUAAAUGAAGCAGAAGGUAUCUGUUGCUUUCAGAGUAAAUUUUGCUUUUCCUUACUACCUUGGCUUAUUGCUAGUUGGCAAGAAUAACUUACGGCGUACUGAAGGAUUAAGUGGUCAUGUACAUUUUCUGAUAAAGCUGUACAACAUACUGAUGCAAGAAAAAAGAAACGGAAUUCCAGCCCUUUACCACUACAGUUCUCUGAGCAACAUGUCUGUUUACCUGAGUCGUGUGUGGCAAAAUCAGUUCAACGUUUGGGGCUAAUAUGAUGAUAGUGUGAAGUUUUAUUUUAAUGGCUUGUUGGCUUGAAGUCCUGUAAUUUUGUGAGGAAGAAUGCUGCUUACACGUUGCAUCUGUCUGUGUAGAUGGCCCAAACCAUCUUCAAGGGCUAUUAUUUGAAUUGCUUAAGAUCAGCUUAACAUAGCAGUGACAUUUUGUACAAAAAGGCCAUUAUCUGUAAAUUCAGCUGUAUAAUUGUAAACAUCCAGAAAUAAAAUGUAUGGUGAUGUUUUUCAUUAAAAAAAGAAAAAUUUAGAGUUGAUAAAAGUAAUUACUGAGGUUCACAGACCCCGUCCGGUACCUUGCUUGCAUCUUGACAUUGACGAUCUUCAGCAAAUAUGUGCACACCUAGUUGGAAAGAAACAAGAAAAUGUGCACUCUGAUGAAACGGGCCGUCCAUUCCACGUUUAACCUUUGUUUCUACAUAGUCUGGUGAUUGUAGUUCAGUUAAAGCUUGUUUUUUCUGAACUUUAUAAUUUUGAGUUCUUCCGUUGUUUAACUCUCCUACAUCUUCAGUACGACAGCAUUAUGUUUACCAUUCCCAUUCCUUCUGAACAAAAUGCAUUGCUACAUUAAUCUUCAGUAGCAUUCCUCUUCCUUCUGAUUGUGACCGUUUAUGCAUUUUCAUUACUGUGUUAGACGUUCCUGCCUACUUUUCAUAUUGUACAGAGCUAUAGUUUGUCCUUCUAAGGUUUAUGUGUUACUUAGCCUCUGUCUUAUUCUGUUAUAGACAUUUGCUGAGUAGUUUCUUAGUUUUGAACCAUCCACCCUGUGUCUUUUACAUGUAUAGUCCAAAGAUGCAACUGCAUGGUGCUCUAGAUGGGUUCAUCAGUUGCUUUAAAAAUGUAUGCACAUGUACAGACACACCCAAUUAUCUUAAUAUGAAUUGUGUGACUUUUCAAGUAAUAACAGUACAGUUUUAAUUAUGCUGCUGAUUUAAAAAUGGAUUCUCUACCAAUGUGAAGAGACUAGCUUUUUAUGAUUGAUGAUGAUUAUAUGUCUGAAUUACUAGAAAUGUGCCUUAGUUUAAUCAGAGAACUUUCUAUCUGAAUAGUGUUGCAAUGCUGAAAAUAAUGGAAUAACUUAAAGCAAAAUAAUUUGCCAGAGAGCUGUGCUUUAUUAUGGGACAGUUGUUAGAACAAAGAAGAUUGUAAUUGUUGAUGAGGCAGGAUUUUUUUUGUUGCACUUCUCAAUGAGGUGUUGAAAAAUAAUAAAUAUAUUUUACUUUU